AUGGAAUCUCGUAUUCGCGCCUCGAGCAAGCUGGUUCUCUCUCGUGAACCCUCGCUGAGUACGGUUACCCAGGAGGACCUCAAGGUGGAGCGCCUUCCCGGCCGCAAGUACAUCAACCCCAGCAAGAAGCAUGUGAUGCGUUCGGAGUUCUCCGACCACAUCGAGCACAUCAUGUACGACCCCCGCCCACAGGAGGAUUGCCAGUCUGACUACCCCGUCUCCGUGAGCACGCUCCGCUGCGAGCUUGCUGCACCCCGCCAGCGUCUCCACUUUGAUCCGGGUGAGGCGGUUGUGGGCAUUGUCACCUGCGGUGGUAUCUGCCCUGGUUUGAAUGAUGUGAUUCGCUCCCUGACGCUGACGGCUAUCAGCAUCUACCGUGUGAAGCGCGUUAUCGGUUUCCGCUUCGGCUACUGGGGCCUGUCCAAGAAGGGAAGCCACACUGCGGUGGAGCUCUACCGCAGCUCCGUCACCGGUAUUCACCGUCACGGUGGCACGAUCCUCGGCAGCAGCCGUGGCCCGCAGGACCCGAAGGAGAUGGUUGAGACGCUGCAGCGCCUCGGUAUAAACAUCCUCUUUACGGUGGGCGGUGACGGCACGCAGCGUGGCGCCCUCAAGAUUUCUGAGGAAGCCAAGCGCCGUAAUGCUGACAUUGCUGUCUUUGGUGUUCCCAAGACCAUCGACAACGACCUCAGCUUCUCGCAUCGCACCUUUGGUUUCCAAACUGCCGUAGAAAAGGCGGUGCAGGCAGUCCGCGCUGCGUAUGCUGAGGCUGUCUCGCUCAACCAUGGUGUUGGAGUCGUAAAGCUUAUGGGUCGCGACAGUGGCUUCAUUGCGGCACAGGCGGCUGUGGCGAGUGCCCAGGCCAACAUCUGCCUUAUCCCUGAAAACCCCAUUUCUGAAGAAACGGUGCUGAAGCUCAUCGAGCGCCGCUUUGAGACUUCCCGCAACUGCGUCAUCAUUGUGGCUGAGGGCUUUGGCCAGGACUGGGUGCAAGGCAAGGGUGGGUACGACCCCUCGGGCAACAAGAAGCUCGUGGAUAUUGGUGUCAUCCUUUCACAGAGAAUCCAGAAGUGGUUGAAGGCGAACCGCGACCGUUACCCACACGGCACAGUGAAGUACAUUGAUCCCUCUUACAUGAUCCGCGCGUGCCCACCCUCCGCAAAUGAUGCUCUCUUCUGUUCCAUGCUUGCUACCCUUGCCAUACACGAAGCGAUGGCUGGUGCCACCAACUGCAUCAUCGCCAUGCGCUAUAACAACUACAUCCUCGUACCAAUCAAGGUGGCAGCUUCUGUUCGCCGCGUCAUUGACCUGCGUGCCCAAUUGUGGCGUCAGGUGCGCGAAAUUACGGUUGGCCUUCAUGACGACGUGCGUGUCUGCAAGCGGACUGAGAUUCGCCGUGAACUUGAGGCCAUCGGCUUGACCCGGGAGCGCCUGAUCCAAUCACUCUCUAAGCUCUGA